AUGCAGGCCAAGAAGAGGUACCUGGUCGUGUCUCUAGGGGCCUGUCUUCUUCUGGUUGCCUACCUGUGGGGACUUCAGAUUGGGGAGUUCCAUCAUCAAAACCACCACCAGCACCUCUUUAGAGUCGCCCAGAGCCCCAGCUUCAGCCUGCUCAGACAGCGUUGGCCUGAGUGGAACCACCCGCUCAACACCUACCUGGAGGACGGAGAGCAGGAGGAGGACAGCCCUCUGCUCCACCACCAGCACACCUCUCCCAGGGAGAGGCGGGAGAUCCGCAACAACAUCUACAAGAGCAGGAGAUGCCGCAUGGACACAUGCUUCGACUUCAGCCGCUGCCAGAGGGGGUUCAAGGUGUACGUCUACCCCCUGCUGAAGGGGGAGACGGUGUCUGAGAGCUACCAGAAGAUCCUGACAGCUGUCGAGGAUUCCCGCUUCCACACCACAGACGUCAACGAGGCCUGUCUGUAUGUGCUAGGCAUUGACACUCUGGACCGGGACCAGCUGUCCAGCCAGUACAUUCACAAUGUCAAGGCUAAAGUACAGAGCCUCCCAACGUGGAAUGACGGGAGGAACCACCUCAUUUUCAACCUCUACUCUGGCACCUGGCCAUAUUACACAGAGGAGCUGGGCUUUGAUAUUGGCCAGGCCAUUUUGGCCAAAGCCAGCAUUGAUAUGGAUAAUUUUAGGCCACACUUUGAUGUGUCCAUUCCUUUGUUUUCAAAAGACCAUUCUCAAAAAGGAGGGGACAAGGGUUAUUUGACACUCAAAAAUGUCCCUCCAUCAAGGAAAUAUUUACUGGUUUUCAAAGGGAAGAGGUAUCUGACUGGUAUCGGUUCAGAAACCAGAAAUGCUUUAUAUCAUAUUCACAAUGGGGAAGAUAUCAUUCUAUUGACCACCUGCAAGCAUGGGAAGGACUGGGAAAAGCAUAAGGAUGCAAGAUGCGACCGGGACAAUGAAGAAUACUCAAAGUUCGACUACCAGGAGCUGCUCCACAACUCCAGCUUCUGCCUGGUGCCCCGCGGGCGCAGGCUGGGUUCCUUUCGCUUUCUUGAGGCCCUCCAGGCUGCCUGUAUCCCUGUCAUACUGAGCAACGGCUGGGAGCUGCCUUUCUCUGAGAUCAUCGACUGGAGCAAAGCAGCUGUCAUCGGGGACGAGAGGCUCCUACUGCAGGUUUCUUCAAUUACCAGAUCUGUGGACCAUGACAAAAUAUUGGCGCUCAGGCAGCAGACUCAGUUCCUCUGGGAUGCUUAUUUUUCUUCGGUAGCAAAAAUAGUAUUAACUACAUUAGAGCUAAUCCAAGACAGAAUAAAUUCACACAUAUCCAGGAACAAGUUGAUGUGGAAUUCGUUGCCUGGUGGACUGUACGUUCUGCCUCAGUUCUCCACCGACGCUGCAGUGUUCCCCUUCUAUUACUCCUCACUGGGGAAGAGCCCGUCCCAGGAGUUCACUGCUGUUAUCCAGGCUGUGACUCCUCUCCAGUCUCAGCUGCAGCCCGUAGUCAAGCUCAUCAUCGCUGUUGCCAAAUCCAAGUUCUGUGCACAGAUCAUUGUGCUGUGGAAUUGUGACAAGCCUUUACCUCCGAAGAGCAAGUGGCCCUCCACCACCGUGCCUAUCACUGUCAUUGAGGGAGAGAGAAAGACAAUGAGCAGUCGCUUUUCCCCCCAUGACGUCAUCCUCACAGAUGCUGUCCUCAGUCUGGACGAGGACUCCGUCUUGUCGACCAAUGAGGUUGACUUUGCCUUCAUCGUCUGGCACAGUUUCCCAGACAGGAUUGUGGGCUACCCAGCACGCAGCCAUUACUGGGACGGCAGCAAAUCAAGAUGGGGCUAUACCUCCAAGUGGACUAACCAGUACUCCAUGGUGCUCACAGGGGCUGCGUUCUAUCACAGGUAUUAUCACUACUUGUACACUCACUACUUGCCAGCCAGCCUUCUCACCAUGGUGGACCAGAUGGCUAACUGUGAGGAUAUCCUGAUGAACUUCCUGGUGUCUGCUGUCACUAAGCUCCCACCAAUCAAAGUCACCCAGAAGAAGCAGUACAAGGAGACAAUGAUGCAGCAGGGUUCUAAGACGUCCCGGUGGGCCGACCCGGACCACUUUGCCCAGAGACAGACGUGUAUGAACUCGUUCAGCAGCUGGUUUGGGUUCAUGCCCCUGCUGCACUCCCAGAUGAGACUGGACCCUGUGCUGUUCAAGGACCAGGUCUCCAUUCUGAGGAAGAAGUACAGGGACAUCGAGAGGCUGUGA